AUGCUUUCCGCUGGCGCGCUCAUCUGGACCUCCUUUCGCCCCCUUUUGCGACUCGUGAUAUGUACCGCCAGCGGGUUCGUCAUCACGAAAGCCGACAUUUUUCCUGCCGUGGCAGCCAGAGGGAUGGGACAAGUCAUCUUGAAUAUUGCGUUUCCAUGCUUGAUGUUUUCCAAGAUUGUCCCAGCGUUUACUUCUCAAAAUGUUCACGCCUUAGGCCCGCUCGUUUUGGUCGCCGUUAUCUACGAAGCGUUGGGUAUGCUUUUGGCGUGGAUAGUUGGUCAGAUCUUCUGGGUUCCGCACCAGUUUAGAUUUGGUAUUUUGGUCGCCGGAGGGUGGGCGAAUAUUGGAGAUAUUCCUACGUCCGUAAUUAUGAGCAUUACUGGAGCGGCCCCGUUUCAGGGAACUACCGACCAAACUCUUGCUGUAGCUUACAUAUCGGCUUUCAUCCUUGUCUUUUUGGUAACGCUAUUUCCACUAGGUGGGCACCACCUCAUUGCCAUGGAUUAUGCUGGACUCGAUAUCGAGCCUGAGGAGGUGCAGCAAGCGAUGCGCAUCAAACGGCGCGGUUGGGUUAAUUUCUGGGUACGGAUGAUACGCAAAGCAUCUUUAUCUACUACGCGGAUGCGCAGCUCUGACUCGAGCCUGGAAGAUACAACCAGAGACUCAGUUAAUGGGGAUGACGAACAAUAUUAUGAAGAAAAAGAUCCUGUCAACCCGGAGCGUCAGUGUCCGGCUGCCCAGCUACAUGUUUCUUUCCACGAUGACACCACAACCACUGUGCCAACGGAAGUUGGGAUCGUGUCACGCAUCAGUUCCAUUGAACCGACACUUAUCGGCGUCGAAACUCAACGCAACCAUGUUAUCGAUACCGAGCUCCAUCCAAACAACCAAUCUAUCCUCCCGACAACGUCAGUAACCACAGUCGACACCGCACUUUCUGAGUCCUUGCCACCACCAAGGAAGAACAGGCGGAUCCGCGUUCUUCGAGGAAGCCGCGUCUUAAAAUCAUUCCUAACCCCACCAUCAAUCUCAAUAUUCAUUUCUUUUCCCAUUGCGCUUAUACCUAGACUUAAGGCGUUGUUUGUUGAAGUCCCGGGGACUUAUAUCCAUCCUGGCCCCGAUGGUCAACCUCCCCUGGCGUUCAUCAUGGACACCUGUAAUUUCAUUGGCGCCGCGUCUGUUCCUCUUGGUCUGAUAUGCCUGGGGUCCGCUCUUGCCCAGCUUAAUGUGUCUUUGAAUCGUUGGAAGCAUUUACCAGUAGGCGCAAUAACUUGGCUGGCAAUUGGGAAAUUGUUAUUGAUGCCUGUACUGGGCGUCUUGAUUUGCCAAGGGCUAGUCAAGGUCGGCGUUAUCGCUGAGGAAGACAAGCUUCUGCGAUUUGUUUGCAUAUUUUUCUCGUGCCUUCCGACCGCGACCACUCAGGUAUUCCUGACGCAAGUAUACAGCGGUACAGGAAGCGCAGAGCACCUUUCUGCGUUUCUCAUUCCCCAGUAUUUCCUCAUGUUUAUCUCUAUGACCGCCCUCACGGCGUACACGAUUCAACUUCUAUUUUAG